AAAUGAUCAGUUUUAAAACAUUUAUCGUGCUAAUUCCGAUUUGUCAAAUAAUCAGUGCUUAUAAGUUUUGGCGACACACUCUUGAAUUCGAUAACCCAUACAAUUGGGUUUCUGAAGAUCUCCCCACUACAGGACAAUCAAUUCAUUUUCCGGCUAAAUUGAAUGCUAUAGUCAGUCUUCCAGUCACAGUUAAUACCGAGUUCUUGAUACUUCCCCAAACCGGAGCGCUGCUAAUUCCUGGCAACGAUUUCUCAUUGAUUUUUGACAAUGAAAAGAAAAAUCGUAAACCGGCUGGUUUUAAGACUCCCGUUCGAAGCCCGUACUACCGUACGAGUAAUUGGCUAAUCAUAGAUGACAGUACGAACACUGUCGUAUACCCAAAUAGUGCAAUGCCACAUACGGAGAGAAUUCCUUGCCAAUACGAAACAGUUGUUUUUCCUAAAAAAUCUAGUCCGGUUGACUUACAAUAUCACGAAGCGAUUAUAGUGAAAAACAUCAAUUAUUCCAACACAAAGGGUUUAGAUGAGUUUAGAAGUUUUCUGUCUACGGAGCUUGGUCAAUUUGCAUUUUACAAUGCUGAGGAAACGUUAGUAAAGGAAGGAAAAUGCGGUAGUCCUGAGAAAUGCCCCUGCCAACCGGAAUGGGUCAAAUCAGCAGUCUGUGCCAAUGAGCUGUGCGAGAUCCCACAUUGUCUGCAACCUGUGGUGCCGGCAGGACACUGUUGCGCAAUAUGCGGCAGCAUACUGAUCAUGGAUUUAAUCAAUUUCGGCGAAAAAUUUGAGUUGAGAGAUUUCUCCAGGAAACUUGAUCGUAAAAUUGCAGCAUCCGAUAUUGAUAACUCUUUGGUAGAUUAUCAUGUCAGUGUUUAUAACGAUGCGCUGCAGCUGGUGAUUGUCGAUGUCAACGACUAUGACGGCAAAAGUAUUCUGUUGAUGCAAAGUUUAGAGCCGUUUUUCGCAAAACAAUUCUUGAAUGGUCACAAAAUCGUACAUUCUGGACGCCCUUAUGUCCCAUACGAAAGCGGUCAAUUGUUCUCAGUUGUGUUCUUAUCCCUGCUAAUGAUAUCAAUAUUCUUUACAUUCAUCUACGUAUACUACUACGAUGAUAAUAUGGUUCCACGGGUCACAGCCAUGAUCCGUAAUCGACAUUUCUUCUUAUCGCCUUUCGUUUUUGCGAGAUUUGAUCCUAGCAAUGACAACGAAGGAUCUACUGUGGAUAUCAGCUUUAAUCCGUCAGGAGUGGAACACUUCAACUCAUCUUUCAACAAUCCUAUGUUCGAGGAAAGUGCAAAAGUGGUGUCAUCUUCCGGGGAGGUAAGUAAGACGAAUGAGGAGGAAUCGUACGUCGAUGUCGAACUGAAGAGUCACAACUGACCAAGUUUGUUUGAACACGAUCUAUUUGACUUACCUUUCC